GCAUGGGCGGAAAUGCUUCAAAUCCAGCACCGGACAGGACGGCCGGGAGUCAAAACAGACAGACAGAGAGACAGGGAGAGAGAGUAAGAGAGAGAGAGAGGCAGGCCAGCCAGCCGGACGGGACCAGACCAGAGACCCCUGGGGCGGGAGGGCUCCGGCCGGUCAGACUGUUUAGGACUGGUACUUACGUAGUGCCUUGUCUACCUACCGGCAGAUUUUACUCCCUAAAGGGGGUCAGCGAGCAGUUCGUGGUGACCGUUAGAUUAGCGGCUAAGAAGGGGGGAGGGGAGAAAGGAAAACUCCUCGAAUCCACCGCCAGUGGGCGAAUAGGGGAGUGGAACAGGAGGCAGUGCGAAGCUGCGAUUGUCCAUCGUUCAGCAGGCAAGAGGGAAUGGAAUGGGGGGAAGGGAGGCAAACGCAACUGCAGGAAGUCCAAGGCGUCACACAGAAAGGGAAGUGACAGGCGGUAUCUUCUCCGUAAUGGUACUCUUAACUUUUACUGUGGGUGGACAGCGCUAGUGGGAGGUCCUCGAACUGCUUCGACAAUAGGUUGUGGACGUAGAUUACCCGCCAGUUACUUGCUGAUACCAUGUAAAUCGAUGCGACUAGAGAAGCACACCAAGCACCCAAGGCUGCAGCAGGAGCGACAGUGGCAAUGCCGUCAGUCAGUCAGUCAGUCAGUCACUCUCAAGAGGGCCAGACUUAUAGGACUUUUGUGUCAAGGCGGAGUCCCAUGCCACCCACCAACCCUCAAGAGACCAAUCCGGGAGGCGGACAGCCUCAUUUUGAACUAUAAGCGCAAUGACACAACAGGCAGACAGGGUGACAGGACAGGACAGGGACAGGGACAUUGCACCUACAUCAUCACAUCCACCCUCUUCUCACUUCCUCACAUCGUCAUUAUCAUCAUCAUCAUCCUAAUCGUCAGGUGGCUGAGUAAACCACAUUCCAUGCCUACAUUCCGCGGUUGCUCGAACAACGGGCUGGUCUACGUAAGGUCGGUGCCUGAGAAGAGGCACCUUACAGUGAUUGCGAUUCCUACUGGUUUAUCGGAUCAGACGGUGACUCACCGACCGCCAGGAGGAUGGGGGCAAUACGAUCAGCAUAUGAUCGGGCCGGAGUAUUUUGGAGCCUGUUCGUUGAUUACUUUUGUACCUCAGAAUGGAGGUAUACACAGUAGUGAGUUUUCUACUAUGGAGGACUACUCUGCAGAUGGCGACUGGCAGUAG